UGGAUUAUACUUAUCUGUUUUUCACUAGCGCCCUCUACUGGAUAUGCCUGCAGUGAAAACCAAGUUUCUGAAUUCUGAGGGAUAUUCGACAGAUUCAGGAAUGGAGGACGGAUCGCUGAGUCCAGUGUCUUCUAUUGGUUCUGAGCCACAAGAAUUUCCGAGAAAUUUGUCAAUGUCGGACGCAGAGCUGGACGUACCCAGAACUGUGUAUCCGGUGAAGCCGAAAGUUUUGAACCCUUCUGAAAGUUCCGCCUUCAACAAGAUUGAGAAAUGGACACCAUCCUAUCCGUUGCCUUUCGGAUCUCUUCCGCCGAUGUGUGUUCCUCCAUCGGUGGGCUAUUUCCCCGGAUUUUUUCUAUCCCCAUGGAUGUCGGAAUCAGUUUCCCGCGGAAAUCUUAAUCCAGCAUCCAUAGGAGCUUACCAGACACCGGAUAUGACUUCAUCAAGAAGUUUGGAUACUUCCGAUUCGGAAGAAACUUUUUCCACACCUUCGCCAGAAAAACAGCCGUUUUUCCAUGUCGACCCAAGAAUUCCAUUUACCAACUAUUUCAUGAAUUUGACAAAAAUGUUCCAGAGAGAAAACGAAUCAUUAAGUAGAAAGACAAUUGAACCCAAAGUCACGGAACGCAAUAAUAACACGGACAAUAACAUGGACAGAAACUUAAAGGAAUGUAGCUCCGCCGACGAGGGAACUCCAGACCAGCCUCUCGUGACUGUCAAGAAGGAACACGUGACCCCAACGAUGUUCGAAAAAGAAUCAAGUCCUUCUCAUCUUCACCAAAGAAAUGUUCAAAUGAUAGAACCAAACACGCCUAUAUCGCCUGUUCAUUCGAGAAUGAGUUUAGAAAACCCAUCACAUUCAUCACAUCACGGACAUUUGUUCCAUGGUUCAACGUCGCUUCCGGGACUUAACAGAAUAACGUCAUAUCCGGGAUCUCUCGGACCAUCGACAUCAAUGCUGCCGUUCCUUGGUGGUAUCCCCCCAUCAUCUGGGCUAUUCCAUCCAGCAUUUCUCCAAAUGACCGGACUGGGCGGAAAGCGCGGUAAUCCCGACAAGCCUGCUCCAGUGAAGAAAUACAAGUGUGACGUCUGUGGAAAAGCUUUCUCUAGGAGCAACACUCUCGUCACACAUAAAAGGAUCCAUACAGGAGACAAACCGUUUAAGUGUGAGAUUUGCAGCCGAGCGUUCCGCCAGCCUGGCAACCUGACACGUCAUCGACUCACUCACACCACCGUGAAACCCUAUGUGUGUCCACAGUGCAACAAGGCAUUCAACAGGGCAUCCAAUUUACAUACGCACAUGCGCACUCAUACCAACUACAAACCUUUCAUCUGUCCGUAUUGCGGAAAAGGAUUCCAUCAAAAGAUCGACAUGAAAAUCCACUGUUAUACUCACACUGGAGAACGACCACAUAGAUGCGACGUUUGCGGAAAAGGUUUUUCUCUGGCAAGUACCCUCAUCGCCCACAAACGGAUCCAUUACGACACGCCAUAUCCGGUAGAUCACAUGACUGGAACCGGAAGUGAACAACAUAACUAGAAUUCCAUUUAAACUGAUGAAAUUGGAAAUUAAACUGUUUUCAUUAUAUCUGUACACUAUCAUCAUUGUGUUAUUCCUGAUGAUAGAUGAACUGUUUUAUUGCUCCGGUAUAUCUAUGGCUUCACAAAUAUAGAAACAAAACUUAGAACAUGUUUAGGUUUGAUAGAAUAGUUGUGAAUAAAUCUAGUAUAUACUCAAAACCUAACUGUUUCAUAAAUCUGAUUGUUGUUCGGGAAAGAAAUAUUAGUAUCGGAGUUAAGAUGGGGAAUGUUUUAGCAGAUUGUACUAAACAUGUGGAUACAUUCUGUUUCACUCUCUACUAUUUUGUGGUAACUUUCGCGAUGUAGAACUUUUCCUUAAAUAAGUGCUAAAAUAUGUACCCGCAAACAUUCUGAUACGUUAUUUAAUAUAACUUCAGGCAGCAAGGCCAACACGGAAACACCAGACCGGAAAUAUUUCAUAAUUCAGAAUGAACAUAAAAGAAAUACGUGUGUAAUUUCCACUUCUACAGUAUAUAAGCACCAACAUAUACACAUUCGCAGUGACAAUCAUUAGGUACUGUUUUAUUUGGAGGCAGUGACUGAGGGCAAUACUAGGUAUUUGGUGCAGUGCUCCGUUCUGUACUUACAGUGAUCUUCUAGUGCAAUAUUUGUUUGUUAUAGACAUAGGUGUUUGUCUGUGUCAAUGUUUAUUUAUUAUAUUCAUGUGUCAUUGGAACGUCUACUUCUUAUGAUGAUGAACAUAUGCUUUAUAAAUAUAUACAAUGUAAAUGAUUGGGUUAUUUUUAAUUGAAAAUUCAACACACAUGUGUGUUUUUGACGAUAUAUUAUUGUUACACGUUGAAUAAGUCCUGUUGCAAAUUUGGUUAAUGUUGUGUUGUAAAAUCGUGUUUGCAUUAGUAUUCUUUAUUUUAAUAGCUGUUAAAAAUGAAAUAAA